CUUUUUUACUUAUUUUUAUCUGCAGAAUAUACUGCCAAAGUUUCCGGAAUACAGUUCGGACCACCCUGUAUAUACUGAAAACAUUGCAUGUCAUAUGUCAAAAUGAUUUUUCUUUUCUUAUUAGGUAUGCUAAAGCAAUUCAGCAUAAACUAUAUAACAAAACUCUAUAGUAAUAGAGAUUCCAUUUGUUGCGCACUUUAAAAGCCCUGUAUAUAAAAACGGCAUGAUAAAAUAAUGAAAUAUACAGUAUGAUUAAAUAAAUUCAACUUAUGUGAUCUUGAAAGUAUUUUUAGUUAUUAGGGAUUUACAAAUUUCUUAAUUUAUCAUAUACAGUGUGGGUCAAAGAAUUCUCGUUCGUAAAAAAAUAUUAAAUUAUUGAAAGAAAAGUCUUGACAAAUUAUCCUUUCUCAGUUAUUGCGAAUAUUUUCAAACACACUGUAUAUAUUAUUAUGAUGUUUAACAAAUUCAUGCCAUCAUAUAAAUUAUUAAAUCAUUGGUGAACCAGUAACACUAAGCUAUCAAAUCAGUUAAAAUUACUUGUUUAUGAAAGACAAAAAAAUAAAAAAAAAAGAUAAAGGAUUAAAUAUUAGGAUUAAAAGUAGGUCUGAUUUUAAUUUUGUAGCACAUUUUAUCAAAUAUUUAUAAAUGCUGAUAAGAGAUAGUACCUUUUAAGCGAUUUAAAAAUAAACGUUUUUUGUGAUGCGAAUAAUUUAUUAAUCUUAUUUUAUUAAUAAUAUAACCGCCCCAAACAGUAUAACACAUUUUACCAAGUUGUUUUUUUGUCCAAUAUUGUAUCUAAAUUAAUAAAAUCCAAACAUUUUUGAUAAACUGAGAUUAUUAUAUUCUUCUUUACGCUGAAUUUUAAACAGAUCCAUUUGUAUUUAUAAUUUUAAAGGGUAUUGUUCUAGGAGAGUUAAUUUUUUAUACAUAUAUAAUAUAUACAUACACAUUAGGGCGCACCAAAAUAAAAGUAUUUUUUUAAUUUUUAGUUACCGUGAAAAUAUCCUUCAGGAUGAUGAAAAAAUUAUUCUGGUAUAGUUUCAGCUUUUAAUAUUAUAAUUAAGAGGUGUCAGUAGAGGGAGAAGGGGGAAUCUGAAAGGCGCAUAUUUAUGACCCCACAAAACUGCAAUUCUUUCCCCAUUUAACCGACUCUCUAUCUCCAGUAGUUUCCGAGAUACCCAUAGAGAACAUCGUAGGAAACUCACCCUGUAUAUUAUUAUUAAGAGCUCAAACUUUACCAGAAUUUUUUUGAAAUCAUCCUGAACAAUAUUUUCACGGUAACUAAAAAGAAUUUUUUAGUUACGAUUUUUUUUGUGCACCCUAAUACAUAAUAUACAUACAGAUUAAUCUUUCGUGUUUUUAUUUAUUGUAAAUAAAGUUAAAAUUUAAUAUUGGAAAGUUCUCAGACUUUUGAAUUUAUCCCUAUUUUUUAAAAAAGCAGUUUGUUUGAUAUUUAACACGCCUAUUUACUUUUGCGCAUGAUAAACAAUUAAAAAACAUUUCUACAAGCUGAUUAGCAAUCUUAUCUAAUAGUCAUUCAUGUGCCGUGCAAGUACUAAGUUUAAGAGCAACAGCAUUAUGUAUAGUCAUUAUUUUUAAUAAACUUUGUGUUUUAAGGAAAUUUUUAUUUAUGGCUGAUGACAAAUCGAAGGACCGUUCUAAAAAAAGUGUUUUUCGAAAUUUGAAAUUCAAAAAUUUUACUAUCAAGAGAAGGUCACAAAAAUCUAGAGAUAAAACAAAAUCUAUCCCAGAGAUAUAUUCAAAGAAAGAUGAAAAGGAAGAAAACAAUUCUAGACAAACAGUUGGAUAUUUUGAACCAACUCAAGCAAAGAAUAAUUUAGAGGAAGAAUAUGACUUUCAAGGCACAGCUAUUGAAGAACUAUACCAGGAGCUGUUAUAUGUUAUUAUAAAUCAAAUUGGAUCCAAGAUUAAUAAAAGGAAUUUGUUUUUAUAUAUCAAGGAAGUUUUUAAAAUUACUGAUGAUAAUCAUAAAGAACUUUUGAGUGCAGAGGAAGAAAUGGAGAAACCUCAAUUGAUUAUGAACGUUGAAAUACUUGAAAUCAAUAAAGUAGACGAAUUUUUCGAAAAAAAAGAUAUUUUAAAUGAUUUAUCUUUGACUCUUGAUAUAAAAUUUGAGUCUUCAGGACAAGGUCAAAAAGAAUAUUUUUUUUCGCUAACAAACACAAGGGAAAAGUACUCUGUGCCUGUUCAUAUAGAACCAUUUAAUACAUUGGAAUUAGUGAUCAGAGAUAACGAUAAAAAGGAAGAUUCAAAUUUAAUAGGAAAAUCUACGCUAUUACUGAAUGAAAUACUUACAUCUACAUCAGUUACCCAUUACAAAAUAAGCAGGAACAAAGAAAAUGUACUGGAAAAUUUUAUUGAAAUCGAAAUAUCAUUCGGUUAUAGAAAAGCAACAGAAUUAGCACUCAAUCGUCACAAACUGCUCAGAAAAUUAUUAUUAGAGCAUGAACUGAAGCACUCAGAGAUUGCUCCUUACUGGUGGUGUAGAACAAUCAGUUAUGAAGCUGAAGAACUUUUGAUACAGCAUUCAGUUCAAAAUAUGUUAAAUCACUUUGAUUUGCAUUUAGUGUCAUUAAUUGUUUAUACAGAGAUUCAUAUAAAAAGUCCGUUGAAUUUUUCAGUUUUUGCAGACAUAAUCGAAAAAAUUAUGAAAACUUUACAAAACAGUGAAGUAGAUGAGAGGCAACUGAAAAAAAUUUGGCAAGCACUUAGAAUUUUAGUCCCGACUUGUUUUGAGUUUAUUGGAAAUAUCAGAGACAAUACAUUGUCUCAAAAUACAAUUAUUUUACAGCUGUUUCAUCCUGUAUAUGUUCUUUAUAGGUACGUUCGAUUCGAUUAUGCAAAACAACUGUACAUUUUCUACCAAGACAGAAUAUCUGCAUUAUUUGAGUCUAAAGUUAGAGAGCUGAGUAACAACUUCAAAAAGUUGGAUUAUGUAGGCUGCAAUAUUCAUCAACUUCCUAAUAGGAUAGAAUCUAUUAUAGAUGACCCUCUACCCGGUGGUAGCCUGUUGCUUAGACUGUACUUCAAUAUACAAAAAUUCUUUAAUUUUGGAAAAGAAUUGUUCAAGGAGAAAUUUAAACCUGUCAAUUUUCACGAAUGGUUCCAUCAGGCUGUUAUAUAUUGGUUAGACGCUUCCGCAUAUACAGCUCUUAUGCAAAUUGAAAAAGCGAUCGAAAUAGAUAACUUAGAACCUUGUGGCAACUCACCAAAGUAUAGCUCGUCAGCAGGUAGUACUGUCAACACAUUUUACAAGAUUAGGAAUGCAUGGGAAGAACUGAAUUGGCCCGAUUAUAAGGAAAAAUAUCAUUUUAUCAUAAAAAUAAUUGAUGACAUAGUGUGUAAGGAAAUAAUUUAUUACAUCGAUGUAAUUCGCAGAAGAACAGAUCAACUCGAAACAGAUUUUAUCACUUGGAGUUUGAUCAUAAACAAUAUUGAGUAUUUAAAGAAAUUCUUAAGUACUUUUGUCGAAGAUUUUGGUUUGGAUUCCAUAAUCGAAGCUAUGUCUAUGACAGAAAAUCCAUCCAAAAUUUUUAAAUUUAGAGAAAAGAAGUCUGAAAUAGUUGCAAAAACGAUCAGUAUUAUCGAAAGUAAAAUAUUGCUUUUGAUAGAGUCUUUCUCUGAAAAGAUGAAAUCAGUAAUGAAACAGUUAUUAUCUGAUAAUUCCAGCACACGAGAACUAGACAUUUCGAACACAGAUAUCAUUAUAUUGUACAUAGACGAUAAUCUGUCAUUAUUAAUCUGUCUUCAAAAAGAAGUGUCUUCAAAUUAUUUUAAUGAAAUUAUUGAAAAAACAGGGGAAUCACUCUUGAAUGCUAUCGAGGAAGUAAUCCAUGACAAUAAAAACAAAAAUAAACCGUCAUCGUAUUAUAUUAAUCUAGAAAAUACUCUGAACGAUGUAUUGUAUUUUUUCAAAAAGUAUAAAGAUAUUUCGAACAGUGAUAAAACAAAGCAAACGAAGAUACUUUUGAGUAAUUUUGGAUCAGAAACAGAAGAACUGAUACAUCGAGUUAACUUAAAAAUUAACGAAUAUUACGAGACAUUUACCGAGUCAUCGCAUGGAGAGUUAUUUGUUAAAUGUAAAUUUGAUGGUAACAGACUGAUUAUUAAAGUUCUCAGUGUCAGAAUCUUAAUGGCUGUCAAUUCUAACGAUACCAUUAGACCAUUUGUUACAAUUAAUCUACUACCUGCUCACAAAUUUGCUGGUACUGAUCAGAACUUGAAGACGAAAACUCGAGUGCAUCAAAAUUCGAAACCAUCCUUUGAUCAGAGUUUUACAAUAAAUUUAACUCCUGAACAGAUGAACAGAUGCACACGAGAUGCUUUGAUAUUAUUCACAGUAAAACACAAAGUGCUUUUAUACAAGACUGAAUAUGUUGGAGAAGGUUUUUUAAGAUUUGCUCAGAUACCGAGUAUGACAGAAAGAAUGCGCGAUACAGAUCCAGUAAAAAUAUUGUUAUUACGACCAGAUAAACUAGAUGCCGACAUUCUAAAUACUCUACAAUGUCGUACAACUGAUACCAUAGCAAUGGAAUUUCUCAAAGAACUGAAUCAUAGGCAUUCCUAGUUCCUAGUGUUUUCGGCUGUUAUAUUUUUUAUUGUGAUAUAGUAGGUAUAAGAAUUUUUAAUAAAAGUUUUUUCUGUUGCAAUC